AUGGACGAAGGAGGAGAUUACACUGGGAAUAGUCUACAGACUACAUAUAUUCAAAGAUUUUAUGAGAAGUUAAGUGAAGUCUUCUCACAGUGGAUUCCACUCGAGGAUGUAUACUAUAGAAAUAUUGAAUUUGGGGAGCUGGAGUUUGGAAAAGUCAGCGAAAUGGCAAAGUGGCCUGACCUCGGAUUCUUCAAUAUCACAAUUGCAAAGAAUGGAGGCCCUAUUGCUUUUAUGCUACAAGACAAAGUUUUGAUGAUUGGAGGCCUUAAGGACAUCAAGAGUGUGGCAGCUAAAUUAAAAGUAAACAAUGAGAAGUUAAAAUGGGCUUGCUUUGAGUUCACAUAGGAUGAAGACCUUCUUCUUAUCACUACAGAUGGAUAUGCCUAUCUUAUUGAUCCUAAAACUGGCGAAUUUAAGGACAAGCCUGUUUUAUUAGGCGCUGAAUUCGCAAUGAGACCCAUUUAAGAUGCUAAGCUAUUUGAAAAUAUCUUGGUUUUCAGAAACUCAAUCAAUCAGUUCUAUUGGAUACCAAACAUUACACAGUCAAUGGUGGCUUCCAAAUUUGAUUAUAUUGCUAAGCUUCAAGAUGCUCAAAUCCAUGAUUACAUUAUUAUUCCAAAGGGUACUAAGGGUGCUAGUGCUCUAGAGCUUUUAAUCCCCGAUCCAGAGGAGGGCUUCCAUGUUAUUAAGGAGAAUAAGGGGCAAAGCAUGUAUUUGAGAGAUCUAUCUUAGAUGUCAGAUGAUAGAAUACCUUUUGGAAAGAUUCAAUUUAUGGCUCUUAAUUCAAAGAAAGACCUGCUUGCUCUUUACACUGAGGCAGAAACCAAAGGUAGAAUUAUAGUAAUGAAGUCAAACUAUCAAAAAGAGUUCAAUAGAUUCGACACCAGACUACUAGAAGCUAAUGCACUACAGUGGUGUGGAAACGAUGCGCCUGUUUUGACAUUUAUUGACAAAAUAGCAAUUGUUGGUCCUUAGCAGUUUGAAAUUUUGGAUUUCAGAACAAAAACUGCUGGAAUCAAAGUAAUGAAUGAGAUUGAUGGUCUUAGAAUAGUAUCAUCUGAGAAAACAUAUUUCUUAGAGAGAGUUCAACCAGUCUUGCUAAAAUCUUUUAAAAUUGCUUCAAUUUCACCAUCUGCAAAACUGCUUAAUGCCAUAAAAUCAGUGGAUCUCAAUAUUCCCAGAGCAGAUGAGAUUAUUAGAGAGUUAGGUAAAGAUUUGAUUACAGGAAUAGAGGAUCUCUUAGAAGCUGCAACAAUGGAACAUUAGAACAUUACUGUACUAAAGCAUUUACUGAGAACUGCCUCUUUUGCUAAAACUUUCGUUGACCCAACUGAAUAUGAUUCAAACAAAGAUUACAAACUAGCCUUGCAAAUUAUUGAGCAACUCAAUUUAAAGCAUGCAUCAAUGGUUUAUGAGGAGUGGUGUCAAACAAUGGUAAAGUAUUCAACUUUGUAAGACAAUGAACUCGAGAUCAGACUAUAAGAGAAAUUUGAUUAAUUAAAGAUCUAGAUAGCUGAGGAGCAAGGAAUCAAUUUAACUUCAUUAAGCUUCUAAUUAGGGAUUAACGCUGCAAAUCUACCUACUCUUGCUAUGUCUGGUGGAAGAACUGGAUCAAUGAUGCCUAGUGGAAUGACUCAAACUUAGUAACUUGCUCAUUAACUAGGAAAUAAUAUAAAGCUUAAUAUUGAUUUCACUAAGCUAGCUAAAAUUGCUGACUCAAGAGGAAAGAAAAGACUAGCAAACUUCCUCAUCCAAAAAGAAAAGUCAAUUGUUAAAAAAAUUCCAUUUCUCUUAGAGGCUUAGCAAUAUGAAGAAGCUUUGAACUUUGCAAUGGAGGGUGGGGAUCCUAACAUCAUCAACAAGGUUUUUUCUGAAAUUCUGAAAAAAUUUGAGGGAAAUAACAAAUAGGUAAUUCAAAAGGCAGCAUCAAUCCCAGAUGGACUCAGACAUCUGAGAAAUUUUGCCAGAGCAAGAAAGGACGAAAAUCUACUAUCAGAUAUUGCUAUAAUGACAAGCAGUCUGAGAUAAAACCAAAACUAAGUUUAAGAUAUGAGUGGAGUUAUAGUGUCAAUUAAGAAUGCUUAUGAAAAUGAGAAUAUUGAAAAUAGAUUGGAUUAGGUAAGUUAAGCCAUGAAAAAAAUUGGAGAGAUUUACAAGGACGAUUUUUAUGGUAAAACUCUUGAGGAGAUGCUGGUUACACAAUCAAAGCAAAGGGAUCUAUUUAGAACAUUUAAAGACUAGAGAUUGGUGGAUGCAUCAUUAAGUGACACGAUUGCAUUGCUUAUAGCUGGAGGCAAAGAAAAGGAAAAAGAUGUCAAGGAACUUAAAAACACUAUGAAGAUCCCUGAAAAGUACUACUUCAUGAUGGCAAUUAGAGGGUUUGCCAAGGCCAACAACUGGGAUGACUUGUACUACUUUAUCAAUCACAAGAAACCACCUGUCACCUACUCAUUCUUGGCUGAACUUUGUAUCGAGUAUGGCAAGGUUCCGAUGGCUGUGGAGGCUAUUAAGAAAAUCUCUGAUUACGAUGAAAAGAUACCGAUGCUCAUAGAUAUUACUUAGUGGAGGGAAGCUAUUGAAGAGUCUUUUAAUGGCAAAAGAAUGGAGUUCUUAGAUGAAAUCAGACAAAAGGGACCUGCUUUUGUUGAGGACUUCAUCAGAGAAGAAAUGGUUAAGAGAGGUACAAAGUGA